AUACAUUGAGAUCGUUAGUGGCGAAAGGCCCAAGAGGUGCGUUUGUUCGCUUUAAUUCAACAUCGACUCCAGUGAAGUCACCGACCGGGGUGGUCUUUAUGAAUAUGGGGGGACCAUCUAAAGUUAGCGAAACCCAUGAUUUUUUACUUCGAUUAUUUUCAGAUUCUGACUUGAUUCCGUUUGGGAUCUUUCAAAACAUAUUGGCCAAGUUCAUUGCUAAACGUCGUACUCCAAAAAUUGAGGAGCACUAUGAAGAAAUUGGUGGAGGUUCUCCAAUUAGAUAUUGGUCAGAGUACCAAUGUGAAAAAGUCUGUAAAAUUUUAGAUAAAACAAGUCCGGAAACUGCUCCUCAUAAACCUUAUGUUGCCUUUAGAUAUGCCAAUCCAUUAACUGAAGAAACAUUACCAAAAAUGCUCGAAGACGGUAUUACCAGAGCUGUUGCCUUUUCACAGUAUCCGCAAUAUUCUUUUUCAACUUCUGGUUCUUCCUUGCACGAAUUGUACAGAAAGACCGUUCAGUUAGAUCCAGAAAGAAAGAUUAAAUGGUCUUUCAUUGACAGAUGGCCUAAAAACGAAGGUUUGAUUAACGCUCAUCUGAAGCUUAUUACCGAAAAAAUUAAUGAAUUUCCGGAAGAAGACCGUGAUAAGGUGAUUGUCUUGUUCUCUGCCCAUUCGUUACCAAUGGAAAUUGUUAACCGUGGUGAUUCUUAUCCUGCUGAAGUUGCUGCUACUGUUUAUGCUGUGAUGGAAAAGUUAAACUUCAAACAUGCUUAUCGUUUAGUUUGGCAAAGUCAAGUUGGUCCAAAACCUUGGUUAGGUGGACAAACCGCUAAAAUUGUUGCUAAAUUAGAGAAAAAUGAUGAUAUCAAAGGAAUUGUACUUGUUCCGAUUGCCUUCACUUCUGACCAUAUUGAAACUUUACAUGAAAUUGAUAUUGAAUUAAUGGAAGAUUCAAAAUUUCCACAUAAGCUUAAGAGAUCAGAAUCUUUAAAUGGUAACCAAGAAUUCAUUGAGGGCUUAGCUGAUAUUGUCAAGAAUCAUUUGAAGUCCGGCGAAGCUUACUCCAAACAAUUAGAAUUAGAUUGCAUCUUGGGUGAAGAAUAUGCUACAAAUACAUUUAGUCAUCCAAGGGAAUUACUUGGUGAUCACCAUAAAAAAGAUUAAUGAUAAGUCAUGACAUUGAAGAAUAUAUAAUACGAUAUACUAAUAAUUUAAAAUACACAAAAUUUCUUUUAAAUGAUCAAUCCGAAUCUUCUUCCUCGUUAGGAUCAAAUAAGUCCAAAUCAAGAGCAGCCUGUUGCUGUUGUUGGCCUGCUUGACCCAACUCCUCUUUAGGUGCGCUAGAGUAUGAACCAAAGGAACCUCUGCGUGCAAUUGGUUCUUCCUUUGCAACCUUCUCUUCCUUAGGUUUCUCUUGUUCUUCAUCUUGUUUCACUUCUUCUUCUCCCAAUUCUUUCUUGAUUAUUUCAUCGGCUUUCAACGAUGCCACUGCGAGCAUUCCUCUUCUUAAAGCAUCUUCUGCUGGCCAUAUAUAAUUAUUAGGAUGUAUUUGAAAUGGGGCAUUUGCAGUAGUAGCUGGUGCUUUCGUAAAUUUUGAUAAUUUCAUG